UUCUUUUGCUUUUUACUUUAAGGUGUCCCAGAUUUAUUGUCAAUGUUUGGGAAGGAGACAAAAGAUGGUACAGAAUAUGAAGCAUUUGGUUGUAAACUAACUGUUUCGAAAGAUACAUGCAAAAUUAAUUUAAUACCGGAUAAAACAUGUAAAGAAAAGGGCAUCUUUGGGAAAACUGUUUACAAUGUUGGUGAAAAAAGGGAAAUUGGAAGACAUGACAAAAUUGUUUCUACCGAUUGGUGUUUUUCAAAUUGAAUCAUUUAAUUUGGAUAAAUGCAAGGGAGAUAUUAUGUUCAAAAUGGCCGCAAGAGAACCAUUUGAAAUUGUAAAAGAAAAAUUGAAGGUUCAAAAAGCAGUAUUGGAAAUGAAAUUUAACUACAAAACUAUCACCGCAUCGCCAGAUUUCGAGAAAAUUGGAAUUGACAUUGAUGGAGAGGUAAACAUUGCUAACAAACAUGUUCCGAUAGAGCUUCGUAAAGAAAAGGAUAAGAAGGAAGCCAAAUUUAACAUAAAAGUGGACCAGAUGUCAGCAAGUGAUUUCAGCAACCUUUUCUCCAAGAAGGAAGUGGUUGACAAAGACGCACCCGAAAAAGCUGGAAUAUUUUUAAAAGCUGUUGUUACAAAUCCAUCUAUUCAUGGUACUGUGAGUGUAGAAGGGGGAUUUCAGGUUGUUCUAUCUGGAACAGCUUCAGGAAUUACAGGUUUGGGAAAUAUCGUUCUUUUUUUUGUUGCUGAACAAAAUGCUGAAGAAACGACAAAUGUUGCGGUUGUUGCUGACAUAAGGGACAUUCAACCAAUUGCAAUUAUCAAUUCCCUGACAGGAAAAGAUUUAAGCAAUAUACCUUUACUAAAGGAUUUGAAAGUAAGUGUCACUCUUGAAAUAUCAAAUGGAGAUAUGAUGGUUCUUAAAAAUGAUGCAUUGAAUGAAGUUCUACAGAAAUAUGUCUCAAAUGCGAAAACAAUAACAAAAGGCACAAAAAUAAAAUUAGACAUACCUCUCAAAGAAAUCAUCAAGAAGACUGGCACGAAAGCAACGUUGACAAAUAUUCCCGAUUCCAUAUUUGUAAAGAUCUUUGUUACUGAUGGAAUAAUAUGCUGUCAAUUUCCUGAUAAUAUAAAAAUGGAUUUGCUUAAUGCUUUGGUUGCAUUGGUUCCAAAUGUGCCUGACGCCAUUUUUGAAAAGGUAUUGAAGACGCCACCAAAAAUUACUAUCAAAAAGUUUGAUGUCAAUGUUCAAACUAAAGCUGUUGAUGUCCAACUUGAAGCGCCUGAUGAAGUGAAGUUAGGUAACGAUUUAAUCGCAAUUAAAGAUGUGCAAUUCGAUUUGUCUCACAAGCCAGAAGGAAGUUGGGAUUUUAAAAUCAAAGGUGCUGCAAAGAUUGGAGAUUGGACCUUAGAAGUGACAGUAACAAAAAAAGGAGAUGUUUAUGAAUUGAAUGGUGAAAUACAUACACUAACAGUAAAAAGAUUGAUGGACCAAUUCGGUGGCAAAGAGGAAGGGAGAAGAUCUGCUAUUUCAACCAUGGACUUUUUAAAUUUCGGCAUAACAGAUGUUAAAAUAAGUGCAGUAUUUGGUGAUAACCUGAAAUUACGUGUGACAGGCAAUCCUGUAUUGUUUGGUUGGGAUGGAAUGUUUUUUGAAGGAAUGAUAUUGGGAAGUUUAAAGGAUCGCCAAAUGUUUCUUGGCGUUGUAAUGAAAAAUAAAAGGUUGGAUGAAAUUGUUGAAAAGUUAUUCAAAAAGAAAAUCUUGCAAACAUCAUGGCUGUCGCAAUUAACUGCAACUAUCUUGAUAUCCAAUACUGACGCCACAAAAGAUGUGGAUUUCACAUUACCAGAACUAAACACAGCAAUGAAGCUAAAGAAAGGAUUAUUCUUCUCCACUCAAUUAACCAUAACAAAUGAUUGCAAAGGAUCAGCUCUGUGUGAGGUUGCACGUGAGAAAAUGAAGCCAGGUACAAAGUUAAGAUUGGAAGGUGAAAAAACAACUUCAGGAAUGACACUUCGAGCAGUUUACGAUGGGAAUGGAUUUGAACUUGGGAAAAACCUUAAAUUGACAAAGUUGCAAGCUGUUUUGCAGGUUGCAGCUGAGACAAAGUUUUAUUUUGAAGGUGAAAUGAAACUUAAGGAUCCACCGCUAGAGUUUGCAGUUGGUGAAAGUGGAAGGGUAGAGAUUUCACUCCCCAUGAAAGGUAUAUGGAAGAGACCAUUCGGCUUGAAAUAUGUUGCAUUUGGUAAUGUUAAGAUGGGAGUUGCUAUUGAUCCUGCAGUACCAGUUUCCAAGCUAGGAGUAUUUUUCUCCACUCAAUUAACCAUAACAAAUGAUUGCAAAGGAUCAGCUCUGUGUGAGGUUGCACGUGAGAAAAUGAAGCCAGGUACAAAGUUAAGAUUGGAAGGUGAAAAAACAACUUCAGGAAUGACACUUCGAGCAGUUUACGAUGGGAAUGGAUUUGAACUUGGGAAAAACCUUAAAUUGACAAAGUUGCAAGCUGUUUUGCAGGUUGCAGCUGAGACAAAGUUUUAUUUUGAAGGUGAAAUGAAACUUAAGGAUCCACCGCUAGAGUUUGCAGUUGGUGAAAGUGGAAGGGUAGAGAUUUCACUCCCCAUGAAAGGUAUAUGGAAGAGACCAUUCGGCUUGAAAUAUGUUGCAUUUGGUAAUGUUAAGAUGGGAGUUGCUAUUGAUCCUGCAGUACCAGUUUCCAAGCUAGAACUUUCAGGAGAAAUGCAACUUGGCAAGAUUGGAAAUGGAAAAGAAAUAAUAUCUAAAAGUGCAAUCUCAUUUGAUCCAUCGCGAAUUUUUUACUUUUACUCAUCCAUCAAUACUUUAACUCUUGAAAGUAUAUCAAAGGCGUUUGAAUUUGACAUUUCACUUCCUCAAGUUCUAAUAGAGUCAGGAUUCCCUGAAGGAUUUGCUGCAGGUUUCAGCACAAACCCUAAAGGUACAAAAAUCGAACUUUUAGAAGUUACGAUACCUGAGGGCUUCAUGCUCAAAGGUUUGAUCAAUAUACUUGGUUACAAAAUCAAAUGUGACAAUUUUGUUGAUUUUCCGAAGUUGAUUCAAGUGUAUGAUGAGUUGUCACCCAUUAAAAUUGGAAAAGGUUUGAUCGCAGUUAGCAAGAGUAAGAAUGAUCUGGAAAAUGGACCAAAAGUAUUUGUUAAAAUAUCCAAAGAAGAAGUAGCUGUCAAAAUUCAAGGUUAUGUAUCCUUACUCGGUCUUGGAGCCGAAGUCUUGAUAGAUGUAUCAUAUAAAGGAUUUUAUUUCUAUGUCUAUGGAAACAUAUUCAAUCUUAUUGAAGCUAAUGUUACAGUUAAUCCGCCUUAUGGUAGUUUGGCGGAAACAGGAUUUUCGGUUUCAUCUUGUAUUUCGGCGUCAGUUGGAAAAGUAACCAGUGAAACAACAAAUACCUUUACUACGGCAGCUGAUGAAACAGAGGAAGCACUUUCAGGCCAAAAAGAAACUGCAAACAGUUCUGCUUCUUGGUUUGAAAAAGCCACAGAACGUCUGCAAAAAUGGAUAGACAAGCUGGAAGGCUUUGCUGAAAAGGUUGCCGAAAAUAUAAAAGAAGUAGCAGCUUCGGGAAAAGCAACUUUGAAAGCAAUUGCAAAACACACCAGAGAAAAUAUAAUCAACAUAUAUCAUAGCUGCUUCAAAUCUGUUUGCGUGUUUUUAGGAUGACUUUCACAUUUUCUAUUUUCCCUUAUCCUGGGAAUAUUUACUGCGAAUCUAAUCACUUUGCAUAACAAAGUGCCGGUACACAGAAGAAAAAUGAAAUGGAGCAGUAUAGCACACUGUUCAACAUUAGCUACUUCGAGCUAGUUAUUGUACACGUAUUUUAUAACCUUUGUUGUGAUACUAGAGCUGCUUAAAGUGAUACACAAGUUCUUCAGUAGCUUAUCCGUUACUGAUCAUUAAGUUUUUGGAGUUAUUUUAACCUAAAAAAUUGUAACCUGACCCUCAAAUUUUGGUUUGGAAGUUAAAAAAUAAUUUUUCAACCCUGUUUACACUGGCAAAUAAUUAAACACUCUACGUGCACAGGUCCGCAAUAUAACACGUAUCUCAUAUACAAAAAUAAACUACAAAGAAUUUAAAUAAAAGAAAGUUGCGUGAACCCUAAAUAUUACUUAAUUUUGCCUAGAAAUUUUUCAAUUUUGGUUAUAAAUUAAUUACUUAUCAAGAAAUAUGGAAGGGGAACCCUUAUGAAAAUACUACAGGGCAUAUUACAGCUGGAGGCCUGUGCACGUAGUUGGCGUGUUACAAAGACCUGGCACUAAAGAAAACGACUAGCGAAGUUGCAAUCCAUUGAAACUGGAUGGAUUAGACAAAUAGCCAAUUGUCCGGGCACGAAGGUCCUUAUAAAACUAAAAUAGUUCAUAUUAAAGCCUAAAUAAAUGAAUACAUAGGGCAUUAUGGAUUUUGAUUUAAGGAAAAUCAGGAAAAGAUGAAAAAGGCUUAGAUACUUGGAAAGAAUACUUAAAUGAUGUUGCUAAAUCCACGGAUAAUGUAAACGCUGAAAAGUGGAUGAAAAUGCUUACGUUAGCAUCUAGGGCUGCCCGCAAAAGAAACGAUAUUCCAGAUGAAUUUGGUAACAGUUUAAAAACUGCAUCAAAGGUAUAGAAUGAUAUUUCAAACCAAAUUUAUUUUAGUCCCCAAAACGCAAACAUAAACACAAAAGCAUAAGUGCAUACAUUUUUAAAUAUUUAGCUCUGAUUACUUGACUCGAUUAUUUUUAGAUCGUAAACAGCCUCAUGGAUGCAAAAUGCUGUUCGCUAAGUUCAAAUAGAAUGUAUAUUGAGGAGCUAAAUACCAAUGUGAAAGCUUUGCCAUUUAUUGCAUGCGUAGAAUAAAGUCUCGUGAUGUUUUAGCAUCACAUUUUUACAUAACUUCACAGUAAAGCAUUGUUCACUAGUUUUUAUUAAACAUCACACAAAUAUGUUCAAAUUAUUUGACUUUUUUUCGGUAAUUUAAUGAGAAAACGCCUUCCUAGAAUAAGCGCCUUUGUUACUUAGAAAGUAUAUUUUUGCGAAGCAACACCGAGAUUAUUUUUAUGUUUUUUUUUCAGACAUAAUGUUUAUUUAUUUAUAUAGUUAUUUAUAGCUUUGUUUUCAUUAACUGUAGCUUUUAAUGAAGGGGUUUAUCUCUAAAAUAAAAUUUAAGAUUUAAAUCCAAUAAUGACUAUGUUUUUUAGUAUACCGUACUGAUUAGGUUAAUCAAACAGUAUUUUUAAGCGCCCCAUCUAAAAAGCGCACAGUUUAUAAAGGGGGUUCUUUCAGAAACUUGUCGAAACUAGAAACACUAGAAAGAAGAAACUUCAUUUUGUCACAACUUUUGUUCAGUUUCACUUUUCAGGAAAAAAAAUAAAAGAGCCCGUUUCUUUAAUUUGCACUAAAUUAGAAAGAAUUCAUAUGCGCUCAGCAUUUUUUGAGCGCCUUCAUCGAUUAAGGGUUU